AUGACGACCUUCUCUUCAUUGCCAUGCUGCUAUCAGGCUUCCGCGCACUCCACCGCCUUGGAGAACUCACGAUGCCAGAUAACCCUCGGCUGCGCAACCCUCGGAAGUACACCCAGCGCGAGCGUUGCUCUGAGCGAUCACUCAUACGAGUACUGGCUGCCUGCUCACAAAGCCGACAUCGCGUUUGAAGGCAACCGCAUCAUAAUCUCCGACGCCACCGCCCUCCUGCACUUCCGGCGUUACUUGACGUCCCGUGAUCAUCUCCUUCCCCUCAACCCAUACCUGUGGGCCCGCGAAAACGGUCAAAUUCCCGCUCGCGCCUGGUUCAUCCGACGCUUACGACACUUAUUUGCGGACCCCAACAUUGCUGGCCAGUCACUCAGGGCCGGGGGGGCGACAGCCCUAGCAGAGGACGGAGCGCUCCCACACAUUAUCCAGGCGGCUGGGUGGUGGUCCUCAGAUGCCUUCUACGUGUACCUCCGCAAACACCCAACCCUCCUCCAUGGCAUACUCCGAGCAGGCGGCGCUACCGCGAGCACCUCAUCAUCAUAA